UGCGUGGGUCUUCCUCUUAUAAUUUAAUUUCCUGAACUAUUCAGAGGGAGUUCGGAAGUGUGUGGACAGUGGGAAGGCCAAACAUUUUUUGCGCUGAAUUGUGGACAAUAUAAGAAAUAGGUGAGAGAAGCGGGCGUUACGAAGAUGACAAUUCUAUGAUGGAUUUAUAUAAUAUGGAUUUUGAACUCUAAUGGAUGGCUCGUGCGUGAAUAGGGGACAUCGUUGUUGAACGUUUGUCUCCCGUACUUUCACAGCAACACCUCUGGACUACCCUUAUCCAUGGACUAUAUCGCCCAAGGAGGACUGUAGUAGGCCUACCUUUUUUUUCAAAAACAAAAGUCAGCCUUUUGGGUCUCACGCCCCGCUGUCCGUGGUCUGACAAGCUCUUAUCCCAUCAACCUCCCUAUCCCAUCAGUCCGUCAGCCAUCGCGACAAGAUGCUGCAGCAGAUCUUGAUUGACAUGUACAUUGAGCCCGAGCUCCUGGCCGAGCUGAACGAGGAGCAGAAGCAGGUCCUGUUCUUUAAGAUGAGGGAGGAGCAGGUGCGCCGCUGGAAGGAGAGGGAAGCGCGGAACGAGAAAGAAGAGGCCGGAGGGAAGAGGUGCAAGAAGGACAGUGGCAAGGGGGUGUCGUGGAUGAAGGCGGGUGACGGGGACAUCUGGGUGUGGGUGAUGGGGGAGCACCCCGACGACAAGCCCUAUGAGCAGAUCUGCGAUGAGAUCAUGGCCGAGAGAGCAGCCGUGCAGGCCCAGAGGGAAGCAGAGGUGCUCAGGGUGCAGAAGGAAGCGGAGCUGGAGAAGAGGUUCUCUACCAUACACCUGGACCCAGCGGUGGUUCUAGCCGCCUUAGAGGAGGAGAAGAGAAAGGAGGAGGCCAAGAAGGAGGAGAAGAGACAGGAGGAUGAGAAGAGACAAGAAGAGAGGAGGCAGGAAGAGAAGCGGCAGGAGGAGAGGAAACAAGAGGAGAAGAGGCAGGAGGCCAUGAAGGAGGAGAGGAGACGGGAGGAGGCCCAACAGGCAGCUGCAAAGGAGCAACAGAGGAUACAGGAGGAGCUGAAGAGGAAGGAGGAGGAGGAGAGGCGUAAGGCGGAGGAGGAGGUGAGGAGGCUGGCGGAGGCGCGUGCCCAGGAGAUCUACAUGGACCUGAAGGAGGUGCAGAAGAGCAGGCAGGAGCAGGACAAGGAGGACCAAGCCUGGCAGGAGACGCUGCGUAAAUCCAAGGUGGCAGACCUGCGUCGGCGCUCGCUAGCGAAGCAGGCGCGCGAGGAUUACCGCCGGCGCUCUGUGAAGGCGCUGGAGCAGGGCCGUGUGUCCGCCAUGACCAAGACCUUCGGGGGCGAGAAGCCCGCUCUGCCCCCCAAACCCAAACCACGAAACCUUACCGCCACCAGCGACGUCCUCCGCCAAAAGGCCGGUGUGCAGCGGACAAUGUCGUCCUCCAGCCGCGAACGCAUCAUCCAGUGGUUCCGGGAGGAGCAGCUGCCCCUGAGGGCCGGGUUCCAGAGAGAUCAGAGCCGUAUCGCACCCUGGUUCCAUGGCAUCAUCUCACGGGAGGACGCGGAAGACCUGCUGAGCGACAAAGGUCCCGGAUACUUCCUGGUUCGUGUGAGUGAGAGGAUCCUGGGAUACGUCCUGUCCUACCGUAGCCAGGAGGGAUACAAGCACUUCCUCAUAGACGCCACCGACAACUGCUACAUGUUGCUAGGAGACCAGCUCAAGUUCUCUACGCUGACGGAACUGGUGGAGUACCACGAGGUGGAGGCACUGACCUCUGGUGGGGAGCAGCUUCUGCAUGCGUGUGGACAGAGAGCUGGAGUGGUUGACUACACCGGGCUUUUCACCUGACACCCAGGAGAGGCCUCCAGUGAGCAGCUGACCCAGGAACAGGGACGACUGGAGGAAGAGAAGAGGAGAGAAGAGUAGAGAAGACGGGGGCCAGAGUGUGUUUGUGAAAGCCAAGGUUGAUUGCCAAACCCGAAGGCACACACUGCGCUAUGCUGCAGGCACGGCAGUACACAGCAGGCAUUGUACGGAAUUCUGAAUUGAAUGAAUUCCAAUUCAAAGUAAUGCAUAAUACGAACACUAGGUGGUGUCAUUACCUUGAAUUUCUUUGAAUUUAAUCUACACCACCCAUUGAAAGUACAUAGAACACCACCACCUAGUGUUCGUAUUAUGGCAUUACUUUGAAUUGAAAUUCUUUCAAUUCGGAAUUUCGUACAAGCCUGGUACACAGACCUCAAACCAGUCAGCCCUAAGCCACCAACAGAGAAAGGUAACUUGUACCUGUACCAAGAACAGACAAACGGGCUUAUUUUUGUGUCCUUGAAUGUGUUGUUGAUGUAUUUUAUCCACGGGUCCUUGAAAAUGCUUUACUGUAAAUCUGUAAAAGACAGACUGCACAUAAUCAUUCCAUCCUGCUCACGUGUCUUAUGUACUAUCUGAGUACAUCUGGCUGGUAUUAGCAGUUGGUUUGAUAAAAGUUAUUGGUUGCGCUUUAUUUUACAGUGUUUUACCUGUGUCAACAUGUAACGUUAUGUAAUUAGUACACUGUACAUACCUAACCAUAACCCUGAGGUACAGUGCAAGAACAUAAUGUUAUGUCAUUACAUACUUUGUUACUGUCCCUCUUAAGUAAUGUAAAAAAAGGAGAGGUGGAGAGGUAAAUGAAGUGCGAAACGUAAUUUACGUCCCGGUAUAUGGUGUUGAGUGCCUUACUCAGAGAUAUAAUGUGACAUGCUGCCAGAAAUGGGCAGCGGAGAACUGAAUAUCACCUAAUUAAAAUGGUAUCCAUC